GCCAACUCCAUGGUGAGGAUGAAGCUAGCACUGUCAGGGCUGAUGCUUUGCUAGCAUUUAUUCAUAACAACAAUACCAGCUACAGUUUCUGCGCUGUUUCCCCCGAUAUACAAGGAUAAUACUUCAUCUAUUUGCAAUUAUAUGUCAGGUAUGUGAGCUAUAGGUGUAAGAUUAUAUUAUUUUAUUAUGGAAGGGAUCAAAUAUGCCUCUGUAAACAGCAUUAUAGCUAACGUUAGCUUCAACCACAGGCGUAGGGACAAGCACAACCACCAUGUACAGUACAAAGCUAGGCCUCAGUAAGGACUAAGGCCAAACGCCGAAUAUCUUUUAUCCAAUUUGGAAACAAGAGGAGUACUUUGUCUUUUUGCAUUACACGGUUGGGACAACGUGGAAGAUCAACAAUUCAAGGCUGACCAAGCUAAGGAUUUCAUGAAGAAACGACUCUUCGUCUUUGAACUGUAAAGGGAGGCAUUGUAUUGAAUCUACCUCGGAAACAACAAAUAAUGUUUUCCAAAAACCAUUAACUAGUUAACUAAUAGGAAAUUGUUUAUUUCCCCAAGACUGUUGUCGUUUUAGGAAAUAAUCUGCUUGAAGGAUUCGUUAUAAACGGAGCUCUGAUUGUUUGCUCACUUCGGCUGUUUGAAUGUGGGAUAAAAUGGAGACCCCAGCGAUUGUCUAUGAUCUUGACACCUCUGGUGGUCUUAUGCAGCAACCCACCCCUGAGUAAGGAGAUGCUGCCCCCUGGAGACUGGAUGUGUCAUCGCUGCAUGGUGCGCAGGAAGAAGCGGGAGCUGAAGAAGGAGCAGAUUAAUGGUCUGCUGGAGCGCCAGCUGUCUAAGCAGUCUUCCUCCCCUGCAGCAGAGUUAGAGCUUGCCUCAGGCACCCUGAGGCUGGACCCCACGGCAGCAGUAGGAGGCACCACAGGGCUGAGGGCUACAGCAGUUGCCCAGGUCCGUCUCCUGGAGAGGAGGCCCAGCAGCAGACCCAACACCCCCACCUCCACUGCCUCCACAGACACCCCCACGCCAUCGGAGCAGAAUUACAUGGAUGACGACAUGCUAGACGUGGAGGACGACGCCCAGGGCUCGGAGCCCGAGAGCUCCACCCCACACCUCAAGAGGCCCUUUGACCUUCUGAUAGCUGCUGCCAUGGAGAGGAACCCCACACAGUUCCAGCUCCCCAAUGAGCUCACCUGCACAACUGCACUUCCAGGAACCAGUAAAAAGAGGAGGAGAGAUGAGAUGACAGGAAAGAAUGUGAAGCGACCGCAGCACGAGCUGGACCACAAUGGGCUGGUCCCACUGCCAGUGAAGGUCUGCUAUCUCUGUGGAAGGAGCUGCAGGUUGGCACCAUUAAUCCAGUGUGACUAUUGCCCCCUUUUGUUCCACAUGGACUGUCUGGACCCCCCUCUUACUGCCAUGCCCGUGGGAAAGUGGAUGUGCCCCAAUCACAUAGAGCACAUGGUGCUGAAGCAGAGGAGCCUGACGUUGAGCGGCCGCUGCCAGCUGUUUGACCAGUUUCAAGACAGGAUGUCCCAACACGCCAUCAAGGUGGAUUUCCUGCAGCGGGUGCAUCGUCUCAACCCCCCCGUUCGCCGAGGAGCCCACACACACCUGAAGAAAACCCUCAAGGUCCCUGAUGCUAUAAAGUCCCAAUACAAGUGUCCCCCGGCCAUGAUGGCCCCUGCUGGGAUCCGCAACGGGGAGCUGAUCUGUAACGGCUGUCCAGAAUCCUCCCACCAGCAUCUUACACCUUCUCAGCACUUAACGAGCGAGGACGAGCAACAGGAGUGGCUACGCGACGUCAUCACACUCCAGUGCAGCAUAGUGAGACAUCUAUCGGCCAAGCAGAAGGAGAAGCCAUCAUCUGAGUGGGACUCUGAGCAAAUGAACAAGGCCGACAUCAAACCUUGUGGAACAGCAGAGGAGGACGGUGCAGUGUGCACUUCUAACAGGACAGAGUCGCCAGCCUCCAAGCCUAAGGCUGACAGUGCAGCAUUUUGCCCCCAGGGGGCGCCUGCACUCAAAGAAGGCAAGUGUAGCAUGUGUACAGAGAAGCCUUGUCAUUACUGUGGGCCCAGUAAUGUUAACAGUCCUCUGGAGCAGCUGGCUCGGACCAAUGGGAGUUCAGAGGCCUGCAGACAGGACGACCUCCACAAACUGAGAGAGCCCUCGGGUCCUGAUAGGCCUGUUCCUCAGACACCAGCAGCCCCUGGCCCGGAGUUACCCAACCACACUGGAAGAGCUGUGGUCAAGACUGAGAAAACCCUGUUAAGACCCUGUGCAGUGACAGCAUCCCCAUGCACCAGUCCCUUCAAACCAGAACCCAGAGGUCCCUCUCCACCUCACAGACCCUCCCAAGGCACUGAGGGCCCUGCUCGGACCACUAGCAGCAGCACCGCAGCGACCCGUGCCCUCACCCUACCUGGAACACCAUACCAGAUCAAGGGCACGACCAAGCUGGGCUCCACUGCCCCACCAGCAGGUGGAAAAGUCAGUCUUGAUGCUGUGACCCCCAGGAGUGGUUCUCUGCUCCCCAGCUCUUUCUCUAUGGGAGACCUGUCCAGCUGUCUGAAGGCUGUGGCAGACUGCCACGGUGAGAUUCAGAUGAGUAGUCUAGAUGAGAAGUUUAUUGAACUCCUGGCCUGGCAGAGGAUCCAGCAGUUGUUUGGCCCUAAAGCUCCUUCCCCUCCACAGAGCAGCUGUAUCAGCCUACCUCCUGUGCCACAACCCCAGCCUACGGAAGCACAAAACAAGGAUAUCCAGGCCAGGGCUGUGUUUUAUCCUUUGACUGGGAAAGGAGGAGCUUGUAGUAUGUGCUACAGAAGCCUGUACAUAGGAACUGGUGCUGACAUGGACGUGUGCCUUACAAACUAUGGUCAUUGUAAUUAUGUGUCAGGCAAACAUGCAUGCAUCUUCUAUGAUGAGAACACCAAGCAGUAUGAGCUUCUCAACUACAGUGAACACGGGACCAUGGUGGACAAUGUGCUGUACUCCUGUGACUUCUCUGAGAAGACUGGCCCCAGCCCCUCCAGCAGCCUGGUCUCCAAAGUGCAGAACAUUAUCAAGCGCUGCAAGAGGAGGAAACAGGAAGUGGAAGGUGCGGGGGAGCCCAUGGUGCUAGAGGAGGGUGUGAUGAGCCAGUGUCAAGGGACUUCUUCCAGAUCCUGCUGUGACUGCAAGGCCAGCAGCUCCAGUCUGAUUGGGGGCAGUGGGGCAGGCUGGGAGGGCACUGCCCUGCUCCACCACGGCAGCUUCGUCAAGCUGGGCUGCAUGCAGUUUGUCUUCAGUAUUACAGAGUUUGCCUGCAAGCAGCCUAAAGAGGAAACUCUGACUUCCCCAAACACCACCUCCACUGCCACCUCCCAGAGCCAGGAAGAAACAGAACCCUCUGACAAGCACACCUCCCAGCUCCACCAAGUGCCAGUGACACAACCUAACCCUGUCCCCUAGCUCUAUGUUCCCACGUCAACAGAACCAGGCUCAGCAGCUGUACUUGUAUACUGUAUAAAAAAGGGAAAGCUUUCUUAUUUUAUGUUCAUACAUUUGCAUGAAAUUAAGUAUUUUUAAGGCUCAUAUUUUGUGGGCAAGUUGCACAUAGAAUUUAUAUUUUUUGUAAAUGGAGAACUUUGGCAUUGAAAAAAGGGAUGGUUUAUCGUAGACAUGCAAAAAAACAAGCAACGUCACUUGUAAAGUACCCAACUAGUUGUAUUUUGUGCCAGUAAUGAUACUUCUUUCUCUGCAAAUGCUACUUUUAUUUGCUCUUUAUCAUUUUAGUUUGUGUACUGUAUUUGAAAAUGUAGUUCAGAUGUUUGUUUUGCUACUAUUGCACUACAUGUAGCAGCUAUAUAUUCAAACGUAUGUGUACACAUCCAUGCUUAUACAUACAUGGGUGUGUGUGUUUAAAUAUCCACACACAAAUGUACAUGAUCAAGAAUUCUUUUUCAACAGAACAAGGGAAGCAUAGGAUUCUGUAUGCAAACUCAAAUUAUGGCCAUUUUGGCUUAAAUCUGUACAGUGCUUCAUGUGAAUUUUGUGCAGUAGUUUUCAAAUGUGUUAGUCCAGUUUUUUUCAAUACUAUGUCAACAUAGUAAAUGGUCUGUUUUUAGAAAUAACUCAUCAAAUGUUUAUGUACUCUGUAAAUACAAAUCAACUUUGACUUUGUUUCUUGUCUGUCAUAAUGUAAAUACCUAAAGGUUUUUAAGAACAAGCAUCCGUGAGCA